AUGGAAAACAACAACAAUAGUAAUAGUAUCAACAAGACAACGGGUACAAUAACCCAAAAAAGAAAUCUAGAGACAAAACAGCAACAACGCCUUCAAAACCAAAGUACCCGAAAAAAAGUUGUAUUCGUCGACCCAGAUGAUCCAGCAGCUCCGCACUGGUGGCCCGCAAUAGUAGUACCACGUGCAGAAAUUACACAGUUCAAACAACGAAUGGAUUAUGAUGUACGCUAUCCUGAGGAAGGCACAGAUUUGGUGUGUUACUUCGAGGACGCGUCGUUUUCGAUAGUUCCCGAAAAAGAUCAAAAGCCAUUUGACACAUCACUUCCGCCGUAUACAACUUAUCUUCGAGGUCUGAACGCGGGAACUUUUCAAAAUGAUAAAGCAAUGGCUAAUUAUUCUUUAGAGGGAGGAACAGGAAACACUGUCAAGUUUACUGAAGCGUCGGUAGCUGAUUUUUCGAUGGACGAUGAAAGUAACAAUGUAAAAAGUAGCACUACCUCCACAACUUCCUCUAUGAAAAGACAUCGACGAAAAGGAGGUAUAUCUUCAAACGUACAAAAUCGUCGAGAUAGUAAAGAUAAAAUUCAUGGAUCGAUAAAUGUAGAUUCCAUUACUAAUAAUAGUAUAGGGGGAAGUAGUAGCACCAUUGCAUCAUCAGAUUCCACAGUAAAAAACGCUCUUAAUAUUAAAAAAGAAAAUAAUAAUGAAAGCACGUCAAGUCAAGGCAAGAAGCUUACCACUUCAAAUAAUAAUAACACUGUUGAUUCAUCAUCCCCUACUCAAAUUCAAAAGACUUCCAAUACCGACAAUAAUGAUAAUAAUAACAUUACUCGGGCUGGCGUUGAAACAUUACCUCCGCCGUUACCAACAACAGCAUCAUCAUCAACACCGAUAGAAAUCUCUUUACUUCCUCCUACUGAACGUACCACUACCACCACUACUUUAUCUUCUUCCCGAACGAAUAAACUAUGUGCACAUUGCGGAGACAAUGCUCGUGAUGGUGGUGGUGCGGACACACGAUUAUUAUGUAUUAACUGUAAUGGGAUGGUCAAUGCUUUAUUAAGUGAUGGAUCUUUAAAUAGUGAAGAUGUUUAUUGGCAGCAUUUAGUUACACGAAAAAGAAAGUAUUCGUGUCGCCUUUGGGAUGAAACAGGAGAGAAUCUUGUCAAAAUUAAUGUUCUUGACGGGAUGAUACCAAAAACCAAACGCCAGAGAUGGAUAAAACGGUUUGAGAAUUAUUAA